GACACAGAUAUCUCAGCAGAAGGUAACCAGAUAUUGUCUGUCUUUUAGAAGUGAAAUUUUACUUACAGUAUAAGUUACAAGGUUUGUAACGUUCAUGUGGACAAAAACAGCUUAGGUAAUAGAGGACAUCAUCCAUAGGACGGAGCAUUAAGUAAGGUAUAGAGCAUUUGGCAGGGAUAGAGAAAUUUCAGCACUUUUUUCCAAUUCUCAACCUCUUGUUCAAAAUGUCUACAAUUUCCUGUAAUGUUGACUGUGAUGAACUUGGGAGCAAUGCAGAGAGAGGUGAAGAAAUUGGCAUUGGGAUUGUGGGUGGAGGGCUUGCAGGCCUUGCUCUUGCACUGGCCCUGCAAGAGCGAAAUAUCCCAUGUCAUGUGUUCGAAACUCAUCCACCAUCAAUGAGUGCAGACACAUCCUCCAUUGUUGGCAUUGGCCUCAAUGGCAUUACUGCUCUUGAAGGAAUUAAGCUUGGUCUCACUACAGCUUUACCCCAGGCUGGGGCUUAUUGUACUAAAGUCAAACUGGCUACUUUAAUAGACACUGAAGUAUCCGACUGCAGCGUACAAGAAAUUGUUCCAGGGGAGCUAAUGAUCCUCACAUGGAAGUCACUUCACAGAGUUUUGGACAGUUUUGUAAGUAGAUCCAGGAUUUCCUUCUCUCACAGGCUGCUAGCCUAUAAGCCUUGCAAGCAGGGUGGUGUUGAGGCCUAUUUUAAGUGCCCCAAAGAGGGUACAGAAGAUCAUAGGAUCAAGGUGGUUGCUUGCAAACUUUUGAUUGGGGCAGAUGGGAUAUGGUCUGCUGUUCGCAAACAGAUGGUUGGGGAUGCUCCAAGAUACCUGAAAAUGCGAACAUGGAGUGCAUUAGUCCAUGAUCCACAUCUCAAGCUGUUUGAUGAGCUUGAAAAAGGAGAAUUCAUUAUGCAGACAGAAAAAAGGACUGUUACUACCUUCGCCACAUCUAAUGCAGGAGACUAUACCCUCUGGUCACUCCGAAAGAUGGACCCAACAGGGGAAAUGGCAAACUCGGUCUUAGAAGAACGAACAACUCGUGGAAGGCAUGGCUGUAAACAGCGUGCUUUACAACAACUUGAUGGAAUUGAGUUAUGGGAUGAUCUACGAAAAAUUAUUGAGGCAACUGGUGAAGAGAUCAUAACAGAAAGGAAGAUAAUGGAUCGAUUGCCACUCAAUAAAUGGAGCGAUGCAGAUGGACAUGUCCUAUUGAUUGGUGAUGCUGCACAUGCACAAUUCGUUGGGCCUGGGCAAGGAGCAAUGUCUGCAUUUGAAGAUGUACAUCAACUCUCUCUUCUUCUUGAAGUGGCAAGUGGGUCAUCAUUUUCAGAGGAAAGCAUUCAAUACGCUGUUAAAAGGUUUGAGGAGUUGAGAAUUCCGCGCACAAAGAAGAUGCAAGAGUAUGCAUCCUAUUCCACCAUGAUUCCAGAAUUCCAACCGGAGUGGUCUCAACAUUUAACUGCAGAAGAUAGAUUGAAAGUGAAUGAGGAGUACAGGAAAUGGAUUCCGGCAUACCCCAACAAACAGCAGGGUGAUCCUGAUUCAAUCUACUUCCAGUAAACAAUUACAAUCAUAGACAUAUGGUUAUAAAUUAUAAUCAUACCUGCAGGAUGUUAUCUCAUUCAGCUACAAAGUACAUAUUUGCAACCCCAAUCCUCAUUGCAGAUUUGCAAUGGCUUCUUUUAUAUUGAAACAAUAUUUUUUAUCUAAAAAGAAUUUAGACACAAACUUUUUCAAA